AAGCUAGCGUGAAGGUAAACACCAGCCUGCAUAUCUGUAUAAACCCAAGCACUGGGCCGGAAUCUACCGCAGAAAGGACUGAACAACCAUCGGUGUCACCACUCUGCUGACUUCCAGACAUCAACAUGAAGAUAGUGUUUCUUCUGAUAACGCUUCUGGCGGCCACUCAGGCACGAGAGGACCUGGUGCAGCAGUUAACAGCCAGGGCUACGAACCAUCUGUCAGCCAGGACUGCUGCUGCAGAGGUCCUGGAGGAUAACAUCCGACCCCGGCACGACGGCAACCACAUCCCCGCCGGUCUCCCCGACGACAUCGCGGAAGAAAUUAACGAGAUCGGUCAACUCCUGGCCAACAACGACAAGGAGAAAGAUGGCUCCGGCGACGACGAAGCCAACUUUCUUCCCGAUAAACCGGAGAAGCCGGCAAAACCUGCCAAGAAGCAAGGAAAGGGUUCUAAGAAGGCCGGCAAAGGUUCCAAGAAGACGUCCGAUGAGGCCGCGUCCGACCGCUUCAUAGCAGACCGUGCUCCACCGCAGCAAAAGGGGGAGCCUGAGCGGGCUACCGGAGAGCUGGGCCCGGCAGAUCUGGAGGCCAUCCCGGCGUCCCUGCGGCGUUACAUUCAGGCUCUGGAAGACCGUGAGCAGGUCCGUAAGCGGGAGGAGAAGGAGAAAGCUGCCGCUACCGCUGAAAUCCGCAGCCUGCUUCUCGGGCUGACCCGCAAACGCCAGCAAUAAGAAAGCACCUGUCAGUACUAGCCUGGUACCUUUCCGUUUUCAGCCAUCUGGUCCCUAUCAAAAAAAUAAUAUUUUCGAAAGGGUACGAGAUAGGGCUACCACGGUGAGAGAAUAUGGAAGGAUUCCGGGCUAGUCUGUUACCACUCAAGAUCUAGGUUACCGUUGACUCAUAUAAUCAUCGAAGAUAACUUCAACUUUGAUCUAGUAGAUUCAUUGAUUUUUAACCUUCUUCCUACUGCCUAUCCCUUAACCAACAGAGAAGGGCUAGCUACUUCAGUGUACUAAAGGUUAAGCCACGGGCAAAGCUCCCUUUAUACUAUACUAGCAAGAGAAAACUCACAUUAUUUCUAACAUCUUGAAAAACAUCUCUUUGUAACUCCGAAUGAAUAUGUUGUACGUAAACGCGCUGUUCCAUUUUCUCGCUAAUAUAAGCUAAGAUGCUAUUCAUAUCUACACGUACAUUAUAAACAUGGACAAUUGACUUCAAAGUUAUCUUUUAGACAAAGGCUUUCGUAGCUUCACGAGCUAGCUAUAUAUUUCUAAACACAGUGUAGAUUGAAAUACGCGGCACACUCAUUUUGUGUCACCACAAACUACCGGAAUGUAAGACAAUACAAUAUUUAUCUUUUAAGUUUGAACUAACACUUCGAAGCUGUACGUGAUAAUGUAACUCAUAAUGUAACUUAAAAUCACAUUUCGUAUUACUGUAUCUCAUAAAAUAACUACCAACUUAAAGCACUUGUACUUAAUGCACUUGAGCUUGAUCAUCUCAAACUUAAUGAUCUCAAUCUUAAUGAUCUCAAUCUUAAUGAUCUCUACCUGUUCGACCAAUAAAGUUAGACUACAAAGUUAAACUUAUUUUUGACAUACGAUUCUAUUACUAAGUGGACCUAAGUAUUAGCCAGUUACCACUUAUCCAGUUGCAUGAGUGACAUUUGUACUUUGGUUCUAUGUAUUAUAAACCUGGAUUAUUACUCGCCAGAAGCAGUCGAUCAUUCAACUGUACUAAAUUCCACCCCUAUACCAGGUGUGGUUGUAGGUGCCUUCCACCCAUCCGUACUAUGUGUGCUAUCCGUACUAUGUGUACCGGACUGUGAUGUUAGAGCAUGCCGUAUGCGACAGUUAGAAGAUUAGGGUCAGAGUACUGGACUGGCAGCUGCCGGGCCAUGUUGUACAGGCACGUGCAGCGACAGUAAAGGUCUGUCAGCUAGC